UUUUUUUUUCUUCCCUUUGCCUCGCCCUUUUCGUCUUAGUCUAAACUGUUACAACAUUAAACAUCACAACUCAUUCCAAGGCUCUUUCUCAUUCAUCCAUUUAAUUGUACAAUAUUCAUUCGACCCUUUGCCUCUUCUCUCCUCGCCCAUCACAGCCUCUCUUACUUUUAUUGAAAUCACCUUGCUCUCCUUUUUGUCUCUCAUAUAAAAACUCUCGGUCGUACACAUCCCCCCCCACUCUCUUCUAUCUCUCUUUCCUUAUAAAUUGUUUGAGCUGUUCCUUUUUCUCUUUUUCCUCUUCAUUCCUCUUUCUUCAUCAUUCUGUAUAUAUUUAUACCAAUUCAAACAAACAUCCAUUCAUUAUCAUAACCCUUUUAUAUAUAUAUAUAUGACCCUUUGCUUCACGACUACAACAACCAUUCCUAUCAUCUCAAAAUCCACAAUGUCCUCAACAACAACAAGUGUCUGCACACCAACCAAGAAGAACAGACGCUUCUCCUUGGUCCGUCUGUUCAACAGCAGUAACAGCAAUAGUCGAGGUACAACUUCAGGAACCAACUCUCUUUUUGGUUCACCUUCAGCCUAUCGCCAUCAUCCCCAUCAUAAUUACCGCCAUAGCCAUAUCCAUACACGUCAUUCUAUGGAUCCAACAAUUGAAGAGGAAAGCUCGAUGCAAUCAGAGAUGAUGCGUGAGCGUCGCAAGUCUAUCGCUGCCAUGACAGAGAGUUCUCUUCGUUCAAUGAGUCUCGACUUGAGAUCAUCCGCCAUCCGUCCUAUCCUCAGCAGAAAGGAGACUCCCCCACCAGUCGAGAUGACAGAGAAAAUGCGCCAAUUUGAUGAGCUUUUGUUGACGCGCCAAUCUAGUACCAUCCGUAUCACGCUGACGCCUAGCCUUCUUCAAGAGCCAUAGUAGACAGAAAUGAUUAAUGACCUUCAUCUUUCAUCGUCUCUUUGAGCUUUCGCUACGUCGAGCCAAAAGAAACAAGGCCAACGUUGACGAGCAGAACUCGUUUACACAGAUGAACAAAGUUAUGCGCAGGAAGAAAGAGAAAUAUCCUUGGUCAGAUAUCGGGGACAAAUUCUCUAUUGCUUCAUGCUUUGCUUAUCAGGGAUACCAACGUCUCUCCUCCCCAGGGCGGAAGGGGUGGUAAAUCAAUGCCACCCAUAGACGGCAGUUUAGUUUUCAUUUUGUUUUUUUUUUAUUGCUUUUUUUUCUGCUAUGUUCUUUUAUCACCUUGUACUAUAGAUGUUUUUACCAUUAGAUGACCAUUUGAACUCUUUGCAAGAGUUGUAACAAUAAACCCAAAAUACAAUGUAAAAG